AUGCCCUCGUGCUCGUCGCUCUUCUCGUCCCUGACAGCGCCUCGUCAGCGUCAGACAGCAGCUAGCAGGCGUGCGCGAAAACUGGUGGUCUCGACCGGUGGUGUCGACCUGAAGGUGCCGUGCGGCGGACCCGCGGGAUCGGCCAUCGAUGACGGACAACGUACGGCUCGCUGGCCCUUGUGCGUCGGGAGUGCUCCGGAGCCGCCGCCCAUCCCGCUCCCUACCCUGGAGAAGCGCCGCCCCCGCUCCGCCUCCCUCCGCGCUGCCGACUUUCCUCCCCGCUUACUCCCACCUCUUCGAGCUUACCCGACCGCAUCCCCCUCCUCCCCUGCCCCGCCGUCCCUUCCCUCGGCCCGUCCCCCUCCCCUCUCUCCUUCUCGCCUCCCGCGAUCCGCCUCCUCCCCUUCACGAGACCUCCUCUCGCCACUCUCAAGCUCUAUGAGUCCCCACCCCGCCCUCCCCCGACAGCUCUCUCGUCAAGCGCGACUCGGCUUCCCCGAACCUCCUCACCUCCCUGUCCCCGCCACCCGGAUUCCUCCGCCCUCCGGCCACCCCGGCCACGGACCCCUGCUUCGUCGAGCUCGUCGCCUGGGACAGCUCCACGCCCCUCCGCCGUCGAGGCUCCGCGCCGACGCCAGUCGAGCUCACCGGCUCCGAAUGCCCCCACCUUCGCCGUCGCGCCUCCCGGCUUCUACCUCAAGAGAGACUGCCGAGUGGGCGCGCGAGGCUCGAGCUCCCCCAUCUCCCCCACGCCGACGCGCUCGCCCUCCACCGGCCUCGCGCGAGAGGAGAGCGCCGUGGGUUUGCUCCACGAGCUGCUCUCCCUCACCCUCCAACAAGCGCCGGUUCCCUCAUCCUCGGCAAGUUCUGACGAGUUCCGCCUCUUCCAACGCCUUCGCUCAGCCACUCACCCCCACCCGGCAUAUUCUACGCUCGCCUCAAGGCGGAUCAAAGACGGCGAUGCUGCCGAGGCCUACGACGAGCUCGGGGUCGUCGACCGCGAUGCCUGCUGCUGUGGCAUCAAGGAUAAGAUUCGUGGAGUGA